UUCAACAUGGCGAACCACGACAAAGGACGCAGAAAGUGGGGAGGAAUUUCACAAGAUAAUUCAGACUCGAAAACCGACAAAGAUCGAUCAAUGGGCGGUCGAGGGGGUGGACCCAGAGGGCCCCAGCUCCUGUACACACCGGGCAGUGGUCCCUUGAAAAAAACAGGAUAUCAGUGCGACUAUUACCCGAACGAUAUGCCGAUGUACCACCACGAGAGGCCAAAGCCCACCUCCGUCCAGGAUCGACUGAAAGUCGCACAAUACAACAACACAAAUAGCAGCCAAAAGUCCCAAGAUAAUCUUGCUGACAAGCUGAACGAUGUCCACAUAAACUACAGGCAGAAUAGCGACCAGGGCAAAGGGAAUCACUAUGGGGAUCCAAGGAGGAGGAACAAGAAACCAGAACAGCAGUUGUACGUACCCAAGAAAGUGCAAGAGGCAUUGGCUGAGCGGGAUGUAGCUAAUAGAUCCCCAGUCCAGCAAAACUGGGAUCGUCCCCGUGACCGCGACGACUGGGACACCCAGUCCUCUCGUUCCCCCCGCCCCGCCCGCCCCAAUCGGCCCCCCGACCCCCCUCGCCCCUCCGAUCACUCCCAAAAGCGUUUUUCAUCCCGCCGUAACCGCAAACCCAGCGAAACCGACGACUCCUGGCGUCCCGAAUCCCCCCGCUCCUAUCAAAACCCCCAGAACCAUCAAAACCACCACCGAAACGUCCGCCAGGGCUCCGAGCCGCCGACCUCCCCCCAACUCUCCCAAAACCACCAGAAUCACCAUGAGCCACCUAGAAUCCGGGACACAAGAAGCGUUGAGCCUUCCUACGACAAGUUCCCGCGUAAACCGCCGCUAGGUCGCAAACACCUAUCAAAAGUCUUCUCAAAACUCGAAUCCCUUCCGCCUCGGCUCCAGCGCAAACAUCUCGCCGAGAACGGGAUUGACCUUCCGCCCCCCAACCCCGAGGACACAUGGGACCCUUCGAAAUCCACCAUCUUCUACCCUCAAAUGCAUCAUCAGCCCUACUACCCCCCUAGCGCUCCAACCGCUCCUCCGCCCCCCCAACAAUGGUCGAACACCGUUCCAGUACGAUCGCGAGGUCGCGGACGCCUGCAUCAGGAAGACCUCGAGCCCCCGAACCCCCGACCGGGCACCCCAGACCAGUACUCAGCGCCAAGUUCGCGAUCCCACACACCUAGCCAAGAACUAAUGACGCGAUCCUACGAGCGACGCGGCAGCAACAGCACGAUGUACACGAGCAUGGAAUCCCUCUCGCGAAUGGACGUGGGGCCCUCCUCCUACAGCAGUGAUAAUUAUCCGCGAAGAGGGCCCUCGCCGAAGCCCAACGACAAUUCAGAGCGUCAAAAUUUGGGACAAGAGGCCCAGACCUCGUCAGCCAGCAAAGGUGAAGUGUUGAGUUCCCUUCCGGACAUGCCUUUGGGGACUUUCGAUUGGUCCGAGGAAGUGGAGCUCUCGGAGAGACUCGAGAACGAGCGCUUGAGCCGUAGUUCCUCGAUAUCGAGCUUCCGCGAAAACGCGAGUGUCUCGGGACACAGCUCCAACGCUCCGGUCGUCAGAAAUCGUUCGCAGAAGAAGAAAAGACGCGAGCGGAGGAGGAGUCGAGGGGACGGGAGCAACAGCAGGGACAAGGCACGGGAGAGCAGUCACGAGAGAACCAAGAACCAGCAGAAUCGCGAAAACGAUAACUGCAAUAACAACCAGAACAAUGGGGCGCGAAGGUACGAGAGAAGAGGUGGCAAUCGAAAUAUUAUGAAUCGCAGUCGCGAGAACAGUAAAGACCGGGGAUUCACGAGAAUAAGGAACGAGAACAUCGAGGAAAAUUGGCGAACGGGGAAGAGGAUAUCUGUCUGCGAAUCGGAUGACGGCAAGCGGCCGCCACUGAACACUAAUCUCAAUGCGGGAACGGGGAAUCCCCCGGGGAGAGUCGAGGGACAGACGCCGGGGGUUUUGGUACUGCCGGAGCAGAUGGCGACGCCAUCGGCUGCAUCCAAUAGGGUCGACAACAGGGGGCAGGGCUCGGCGAACAAGAAAACUUUGUUCGAUCCUAAUAAUCCGAACAAGCCGAUUGAAAUCGUUCCGUCUCCGGGGUCUCGGGCUUCGCUGGGCGAUCCCUCGGGCCAAUUCCCUGGGAAUCAACAGGGCUCAGGGUCUUACGUGCCCUCGCACUUUCAACAGAGUCUUCAGGUAGAUGGCGCUCCGCCGACGUACAUAGCGGAUCAGCUGACGAAUUCCGUUCCUUCUUGGUAUGAUCCGUGCUCGGAGAGUCUUAGGUCGGCGAAAAAUCCGUGUUUACUGAUGGGAAUUGAGACGAUGGACCGAGAGCUCCAUCGGCUUUUGAGCUCUGGGGGGUUGACCACGAAUUGGGACAGGGUUGCGUUCCUCAGGCACUCGCUGCAGCAGAGUCUACAGACUCUUUUGGAAACUGAUAUGAAGUUCUGCCAGACUGAGAAUGUAGAGCAGCACUUCUGGAAAAUUUUGUUUUACAAUAUCAUUGAGAUGUUGAGGAAGAUUGCGCCGAAGGAGGGGCCUGCGGGGAGGGAGCUGUGCAAGAGAAUUAUGCUGAAGAUUAUUGAUGAUGGAACAGUUUAUUUUGAAAAUUUGUUGGUGGUUUUGGAGACGACUUAUAAGUUCAAGUUGGACGCUUUCCUGACGUCCUCGGAACCACCGAAGGGGCUGGGCUUUGUGGGGCUAGCGUUGAUCAGUGCGCAGAAGAUAUUUCUGUUCUUGGGGGAUUUGGCGAGGUAUAAGGAGCAGGCUAAUGAAACUACUAAUUAUGGGAAGUCCAGGCGGUGGUAUCUCAAGGCUCAGCAGAUCAAUCCGAAGAAUGGGCGGCCGUACAAUCAGUUGGCGCUGCUGGCGCAUUAUGCGAGACGGAAAUUAGAUGCCGUUUACUACUACAUGCGUUCGUUAAUGGCAUCAAAUCCCCUCCAUUCAGCGCGUGAAAGUCUCAUCGCGUUGUUUGAUGAAAAUAGGAAAAAGUAUCUGCAUUAUUACGAGUCUACGGAACGUAAGCGUAAGGAAGAGCGUGAGUGGAAGGAACGUGCUCGUAUGAAGGAGAAAGAGGGUGCGAAUAAUUUGAGUGGUGGGUUGAGACGUGAGACUUGGAUUCAUCCUGGUGGUAGGCGAAUGAGGAGGACGACAUCAGCAGCUAGUGCUGCGGAGGCGAAAUUGGCUCAGAGUGAUCUAGAGGAACUGGCGCAAUUAAGCAGUGUUGAGGUUAAUAAGCGUUUCGUUACGUCUUACCUUCACGUCCACGGCAAGCUGAUCACAAAAAUCGGAAUGGAGACGUUUCAGGAGGCGGCAAUUCAGAUGCUGAGAGAAUUUAGAGCACUGCUGCAGCAUUCACCACUGCCCCUUCCGGGUACCAGAUUGCUGCAGCUUCUGGCGCUCAAUAUGUUUGCUAUUGAAACAACUCAGCUGAAGGAUUCACAAAUGGAGCAGGGUUACAGAUCCGAAGUGCAGGAGCGAGCCUUGGUGGUAUCACUUCAGAUGUUUAAUUUGAUAUUGGAGCGUGCUGUUGCUCGCCUGAAGGUACAACUCGAUAACGACGAGCUACCGAGAUUGGUGGUGGACGAUGACAUGCAGGUUCUUCUCCCAGCUAUCAAGAUUUGGUGCGACUGGAUGCUUUGUCAUAGUUCAGUGUGGAAUCCACCGCCUUCGUGUACGGAUUAUCGUGUGGGACCACCUGGGGAUGUAUGGAGUAGGCUAGCUAUGAUGGUGAAUAUCCUGACUAAGCUACCGUGGCCACGAUAUGUUAUCAUCCCGACUUGUGAUGUUUUGGGUAGAUGGAAUGAGGUGAACCUGGUGAAGUUACCCGAGGAUGCCACGUUAUCCGGUUUCACACCACUGAUGUCCAAUCCGCAGGAGUCUUUCUACGCUCUGAAAAUAGAAGAUCUGGAAGUAGCCCAGGUCUGCUUGAGGUUACAAAAAUUCCACUUCUUUUGCACGGGAUUCCUGUGUGGCCUUGAAACACCGGUGCUGAAACUUCAGAAGAGUGAAACGGGAAUUAGUGAAUAUGUUUCUCUAGUCGAGGCUUCUAGUACAAGUGCACCAAGUUCACCACCAGAACAGAGUGAUUCAGAAAUUCUUGUGGACAGCUAUAGCGAGGAUGACGACGACGAUCCAGGAUCCUCAUCAAAGCGUUUCUCAUCAACAGUUCCAAAGGAUUUGACGUCACCGCCAGAGAUAAGGUCGUUGAUCGAGCGGAAGGAAGAGUUGGAGAGACGUCAGAGAAAACAGGAGCGUCAUCGACAACGAGUGCAGGCGAUUUUACUCAAGUCAUCGGUAUCAGUGGAGAUAGAAGUUCGACCUAGACAGCUUGUCCCAGAUACUAAUUGUUUCAUUGAUUACUUGACGCAACUGCAGAGUAUUACUAGGGCUACAUCCGGAGCGCAACCAUUGUUUACACUUAUGAUACCACUUGUUGUUCUGAAUGAGCUUGAGGGAUUAGCGAGAGGGGCAGAUCCGAGGGAUUGCACACCAAAUUCACGGGCUACGCUCAAUCCAGAGCACGUUGCUAGGGUGGCUGAAUCCGCUAAGUCUGCGUUAUCUUUCGCGAGGAGUAGGAAUCCAGCGAUAAGAUGCCUCACGACUAGGGGAACUGUUUUGUCAUCCAGUACUUUCACUGUCGAGGAGGACACCAGUCUCGACGGAUUGACGAGGAAUGAUGACAGGAUCUUGGCAACGUGUUUGAGCUUGUGUAAAGGAUCCAAGGAUCAAGUAGUUGUUGAAGAAGGACAACCAAGGCGCCUAAGACGAGAAGUGGUCCUCCUCACUGAAGAUAGAAAUCUCCGGGUAAAGGCACUCGCCAGAGACGUUCCCGUAAGAGAAGUACCCGAUUUCAUACAAUGGGCGGGUCUAGGUUGACUAUCCGAAUAACGUUUUUCCACGUGAUUCCACUUAAUUUAAAUGAACCAUUACUCCAAUUGGAAUGAUGUGAAUCAGUCGAUAACCAACUGAUUUUAAUUUGACAUUGAUAACGUCAAAUUCAUUCAAUGGACAAGUGGCCACUCACGGUCAGACAUUUAUCCUUCUUGAUCGAAGGGUAUUGAAUUUAUUUAUAAACUAGUAAUCCCUAGGACAUAUUUCUUUAACAUAUUGUAGAGAUUUAUUAGCCCAACUUAGAUAGCAUCUGUAUUUUUUCCAUAAAUUACAAUCUUUUAAUCUAAUCGAUAAUUAAUUGCAUCUAUCCAUAAAUCAAUUGAAAUCAGUAAUUUUUUCUGAAUGCAAAUACAAACAGUGGAAUUUUAUCGGACAGUUUCGUAUUAUACUUUACAUUGUAAAUGUUUCAUCAUUAUUUUUGUUCAGUUGAAAUGUCAUUUAUUGCAUCUGUUGAAUCACAUAACAUGAUCAUUACACAUUUAAUCAUGAUAUCUACGUUGGGAUGUUGACGAUGUCUUGCCAAUGGCGAUUAGAGACGAAGACAAAUGAUAUAAUUGGGUAAGAUGAACCUAUUAGAAGAAAACAUAGUAAAAAUAAACUGACAUCUCCUGUGGUUAGGACUAACUGACGGCAUUAAUCAGGUAAUUAGAUGUUUAGCAACAGUGAAGAGGAAAACAAUUGAUUUUACAUAGUUUUUAGAAUGAUGUAAGAACCUUCAGACGAAUCAUGAAUGCUGAAAAAAUAAAUGAAUGAACGGAAAAAUAAGUAAAAUUGAAUUAGGUGAUAAUGGUCAGGCAUUGACGCUUACGGCUACAAGACACUUUGUAUUUUUCUUACCUCCGCCGGAGCUGCUGGGUGCGAGACGUAAUGCACUGUCAGAGUAAUUAAUUGUUUUUGUGAUUGCAUUAUUAAAAAUAUCUAGACUAAGAAGAUUGGUGAAUCAUGGAAACGAUUUAAUGAGUGUAUGUGAGAACAUUCCGACGGUGCGAGAGAUAAUUAAGAGAUUAUAAGUACAUCUGGAGGAAUAUAACAUCCGACGUAAUUGGAAAAUCUUGAAGAGAAUUUUGCAUUCGUCGAUGCUUUUUAAGGAACUUCCGCAGUAAGUAUAUGGGAGUAGAAGGGAAUGGACUGUAGAGCUGAAAUAUUGAGAAUAUAUUCUUUGAGUGAUUACGAAUAUCCUCCCGAAGUCCCAGAACGCUGAACCAAGUAGAUUAUUAAGGAGAAAAUAUGAAAAAUGUGUCAUCAAUACAGAGUUUUAUGGCACCAGUUUUUCAAACAUCACAAAAAAAUAAUCGACAAUGGAAUAAAAAUCCAAACGCUUCACGAAGAGAACCGUAUAUAUUUCAGGA